UCCACUGGAAACUGCGGUAGACGGGUGAAGGGAUUCGUCUGCUGUUAUGUGGUGGGGGUUGCAUCUAUAGUUGUGGGAGCAUAUGUGAGCUUUCACCCCCACUUUGGGACUGAUCACUUUAUUGGCCUCUAUGCUGUUGGAAACAUUUUUGCUCUUUGCAGCACAAUGUUUCUGGUGGGGCCAGUGAAGCAGCUGAAGAGGAUGUGUGACAUAUCGAGAGUGUUGGCCACCCUCACCAUGCUUGCCUGCCUUUUUAUGAUCCCCUAUGCAGCUCUCUGGUGGAAAAGCUUUGAAUUUACUUUGCUGUUUUGUGCUUUGCACAUUCUGUCAUUUUCCUGGUACAGUCUGUCAUUCAGUCCAUGUGUCAGGAAGAUGUUGAAGAUAUUCUCUCUCAUGAAGAAAUGAGGAUCCAUGUGUUUUGGAUUGAAAGCUCGAACUUUAUUGGGAUGGGUUUCUCUCUGAUCGCGGGCAAGUUUAGAAGAUCCAUAACCUUUAUGAUUUGUAAUCAUUUUGAGCCUCACUUCUGUUU